UGCUGCGUACUUCUGCAGUGCGAAAAGCGGACUAAAGACAACCGAAGAAAAAAAGAAAAGAAAUGGAGACGAAAAUUCUGAAAGGACCUGAAGACGUGAGCGGAUUUCCUCGCACCUCCGUGGGACAGAUCUACUUCGAUCGCAUUAAAUCAUUUGAGGACAAAGCUUGUUUCAUUGAAGCGGAAACUGGUGAUUCAAUAACGUUCAAUGAGAUUUUGUGGAAAUCUGUUAAGAUGUCUUCGGCUCUGCGACGCCUGGGCUUGAUGAAACACGAUAUUGUGACUAUCAUAAGUGCAACGAGAAUAGACUAUUUCGUUCCGUACCUGGCCUGUUUGUACAACGGAUACACCGUCAACUUGCUGAAUAUCGAAUUCACGGCGUAUGAAAUCGAAAGGUAUUUGCAACAAACGAAAACCAAAUUGGUUUUCACGUCGCUGAAAGCUUUGGUCAAAGUGCAACAGGUCAAAUCGAGAUGUCCGUGCUUGGACACUAUUGUUCUUUUCGGUUCAUCGACGGAUAAUGUUUUGGAUAGCGAAAGGAUUCUGACGUUGGGCGACGAAGAUGUUGAUAAUUUCGUGGUGGAGCCGGUUGAUCCGGACACUCACAUUGCCCUGAUGCUGUGCUCCUCCGGCACCACCGGGUUACCUAAAGCCGUGCAAUUGACCCACACCAAUCUUAGGAUGAGCCUCUUCCAGACGGGACCCAAUUAUAUGGACAUAAAGAGAUCCGACGUAAUGUUUUAUACUUUACCAAUAAACCACGUAAUCCACACAUUACCGAUGUCGUCGGCAUUGAUUUACGGUGGAACCGUGGUCCUGAGCAAAAGGUUCGAACCGGACCUAUUCUUCAGCACCAUCCAGAAGUACAAGGUCAACAAAAUGCUCGUGGUUCCGCAGCUGUUGAACUACAUGUCUCGCAGUUCACUUGCCAAUAACUACGACCUGACCACUUUGACGAACAUCCACUGCGGCUCCGCAGGCAUCCACAUCGAUAACAUACAAAAGUUCUUGGAUCGUUUUCCGCAUUGCCAGUUCAGACAGAUGUACGGUUUGACGGAAUCGUCUGGUGCAAUUGCUAUCAAUUCAGGUAACGGCCAAUAUCUUGAGAGCAUUGGAAAGGUGGUCGAGAAUAACGAGGCGAUUAUCAGAGAUUUCGAAACUGGAAACAUGUUGGGAUGUGAUCAGACGGGAGAGCUCUGCUUCCGCGGCGACAGCAUCUCCGUUGGUUACUAUGGUAAUGAAACAGCGACUCGCGAUGCCAUCGAUGAGGACGGUUGGUUCAAGACAGGAGACGUGGCCUACUACAACAAGGACGGUUACAUAUUCCUCAUCGACAGGAUCAAAGAUAUCAUCAAAUACAAAGCUUACCAGGUUUCGCCGAGCGAGAUCCAGAGCGUGAUCAUGCUGAAUCCGGACGUGGAGGAAUGCGCUGUGAUCGGAGUGCCCGAUGAGCGUUCAGAGGAGCUGCCUUUCGCGUACAUCGUGCUGAAGAAUGGAUCGAAAUGCUCGGAGAAAGAUAUCCAUAAUUUGGUGGAGGAUCAUCUGAUCUACUAUAAGCAUCUGCGCGGCGGCAUCAAGUUCGUUGACGAAAUCCCAAAGAAUAAUCUUGGAAAAAUCGAUCGUAAACUGCUGAAGAAGAUCUGGGAUAGCGAAAUGUAGUGUAAUUAUUAUAGGAAAAAAAAAAGAAGUAAUGAUAUUUAUUCUAUACAAUUAUUUAAAUUGUCUUGGUCAAGCAAGGGAAACCUAAUUAAUGAAUGUUAAAUGUUAAUCUUUAUUUCUUAUAUACAAACUGUUUGUUUAUUACUUUUAACACAUAUUUAUUUCUGGAAAAUAUACGUUUAUUAUAUUAUCUUAGUUACAUAAAGUUUAAUAGAUAUAUUCCGUUUAAA